GCCGCAGAACCUCUUCCCCUCCUGGGCACCCCUACCUUCGUGGCCCACCUCCCCCCCCCGCCCCUCCUUCACCGGGGGAGCGCGGUGACGGUUGCCGGGAAGCACGCGCUGCCCCUCCCUCCCCUCCUGCGUCCUCCCCUCACGCGCCACCCGUUUUUCCUCCUUCUCCGUUAAUAACAGCUGGGUGGCUGGGGGAGGAGGGAAGGUGGCCUUGGCUGAGUCUGGGCGGGCGCCUCCCACUCACCCGCGAGCCGCCGUGGGAGCAGGAGGAUGGCGGCGGUAGCGGCGGCCGCCCGGGAGGAGGCGGUGCCGAGGCUCCCGGCGCAGAGCGCGGCGGCGGCAGAGAGCGGCAGCGGCCCGUCGCGGCGCACCAGAACCGAAAGCAGCGGCAGCUGCGCAGCCACCUGAGCCGCCCCUCCCGCCGGAGCCAACGAGCGGCGCCCACGGGAGCCGGGACCUCCUUCCUCUCCGCGUCUCCUCGUCUCCCGCGCCCCCUGUCAGGCAGCAGGUCUCGCCUGCCAACCCCGAGAAGAGCGCGCCGGGCGCAGACCGCCCCUCGGGGCGCCGGGCUGCGGCCCUGGACGUGCGGGCUUCUGUCUGCGCCGGCCUCGGCGCCUCGACCCUGCCCUCUCGCUCACGCGCUCGCUCCCCCACUCCCGGCGCCCCGGGCGCUGCGCGCGGGCCCGGCCCGGGACAGGGCGGACAUGGGCGCCAAGCAGAGCGGCCCGGCCGCUGCUAACGGCCGCACCCGCGCGUACUCGGGCUCGGAUUUACCUUCCAGCAGCAGCGGAGGGGCCAACGGGACCGCGGGCGGCGGGGCGCGAGCUGCGGCCGCCGGGAGGUUUCCGGCUCAGGUGCCCGGCGCGCACCAGCCCAGCGCCUCCGGUGGCGCCGCGGCGGCCUCGGCGGCCCCGCGCAGCCGCUCCCUAGGCGGGGCCGUGGGGACCGUGGCGUCGGGGGCCCGCGCGGCGCAGUCCACCUUCAGCAUCCCCAACAGCAGCAGCGGCCCGUACGGCUCCCAGGACUCGGUUCACAGCAGCCCCGAGGACGGCGGCGGCGGCGGCAGGGACCGGCCGGCGGGCGGGGGUCCCGGCGGCCCACGCCUGGUGAUCGGCUCCUUACCAGCUCACCUCUCGCCGCACAUGUUUGGAGGAUUUAAGUGUCCUGUAUGCUCAAAAUUUGUACCCUCAGAUGAAAUGGAUUUGCAUCUUGUGAUGUGUUUAACAAAGCCAAGAAUAACCUAUAAUGAGGAUGUGCUGAGUAAAGAUGCUGGGGAAUGUGCAAUAUGCCUUGAAGAAUUGCAGCAGGGAGAUACUAUAGCACGACUGCCUUGUCUAUGCAUAUAUCAUAAAGGCUGCAUAGAUGAAUGGUUUGAAGUAAAUAGAUCUUGCCCUGAGCACCCUUCAGAUUAAGCAUCAGCUUCCUGUUUUAUAGGUUUCCUUGUCUUUUCAAGAUGCUUGAAAAACUGAGAGGAUACGAAGAUUAUCUCUGGAAAAGCAAAAACAAAAAUGCAGGCACACUCAGCCAGAAAUCUAAGUUCUGUGAGACUCAGUAAUGCAGAGAUGGACAAUCAUACAGGAAAAAAAAAUCCUCCUGAGGAGAGGACAAUUGUCACAGAACUCAGUGUACCAAACAUGAAUAUAAAGGACACACAGGGAUUUUGAAAAUGCUGCACAUCCCUUAAUAGUCAUCUACAUAGGUAAUACUGAUGAUCAUUUUAUAU